CAGUCUCCUUCAGCUCGCCCUUCUCCCGGUGACGCCUGCUUCGGCCGUGCAGUGUGCGCAAUUUCCCUGCUAAAGUCACUUUAUAGAACCACUCGCCUCAUCCACUACCGAUACAAUGGCCGUGCCUCCCUGCUAUGCUGACCUGGGCAAGUCUGCCAAGGACAUCUUCAACAAAGGCUAUGGAUUUGGUUUGGUCAAGCUGGAUGUCAAGACAAAGUCAGCCAGUGGAGUGGAAUUCAAAACGGUUGGUUCUUCCAACACUGAUACCAGCAAAGUUGCAGGCAGCCUGGAAACUAAAUACAAGAGGUCAGAAUACGGCCUGACCUUCACUGAGAAGUGGAACACUGACAACACCUUGGGAACAGAAAUCAUCAUUGAUGAUCAGAUUGCUAAGGGACUGAAGUUGACUUUUGAUACCACCUUCUCACCAAACACUGGCAAGAAGAGUGGCAAAGUUAAGACGGCCUAUAAGCGCGAGUUUGUUAACACGGGCUGCGAUGUCGACUUUGACUUCGCUGGCCCCACCAUCCACGGAGCUGCUGUCAUCGGUUACGAGGGGUGGCUCGCCGGUUACCAGAUGACCUUCGACACUGCCAAAUCCAAGAUGACCCAGAACAACUUUGCUAUUGGCUACAAGACGGGAGACUUCCAGUUGCACACCAAUAUCAAUGACGGUGCUGAGUUUGGAGGCUCCAUCUACCAGAAAGUGAGCGACAAACUGGAGACGGCAGUCAACCUGGCCUGGACCGCUGGCAGCAACAGCACUCGCUUCGGUAUUGCAGCGAAAUACCAGCUGGACAAGGAUGCCUCCGUCAGCGCUAAAGUGAAUAACAAUAGCCUUGUUGGUGUUGGGUACACCCAGGCUCUUAGACCAGGUGUGAAACUCACCUUGUCUGGCCUGGUCGAUGGCAAGAACAUCAACGCAGGAGGACACAAGCUCGGUCUGGGCUUGGAACUGGAAGCCUAAGCUUCCAACAUACUGCAAGGGACUUGGGAAUAUCAGAAGAAUCUGGCCUUAAAUGUGUGUCCAACUCUUAACCAGCAAGGGGAUAUCUUUGAGAGAUUGGUUCAAAGGCUACGACGACAAACUCAAACUUGUUAAUUACCUCUUCAAGUUGGUGCUUCUGUCAUUGGUAGAUCUUACCUUUGUGGCGUUUUACUUUGUAGUUCCAUCUAUUCAGGAGACAAUUGGAAGCAUAAUAUAUAUAUAUGGAGUCAUUCUUUUCUGUUGGGCACUGCCAUAAUAAUGCAAUCAUGACGAUCCCUUUGCCGGUCAUCUCUGUGUGGCUUUGUGAUUAUUCCUAGAGGGUCAACAUCAGUUGACUGUUUUGUGUGGUGAGUCAUACCUUUAUUCAUUUUACAAUCGCAACAAUCUGAUAUUCCUUUGUCGUCUUCAGUUUUAUUUUAUAAACUGUUAAGUACACUAGUAAUUAUGUGCUAUUUAAAUACUGCUGCACCCUUCCUGUUCAUGCACACAAGGACACACUAGCGCUCUAAUGUUUUGCGUCAGCCAUCAUGGUUUGUGAUCUGUUGAAGCUGCACAUGCGACCUUCCCUUAAACUGGGCAGUUUUUGGGUUGCUUAAUGUCGGGUAACCUGUACACUUGGCCCACCACGCGGAAUUAGAUUUUUUUCUUUUCUUCUCUAUUCUACAGACAGCUAGGGGGUUCAUGAGUAAUGUUCACAGUAAUGCCAAAAUAUCAAUGUCCGGAAGAGGUUGCUGUCUUGGAAAAGUGCUUUCCUGUACUGGGCAGUGACGGCCCGCAGGAAGUCUUGGAGGUCCUUAUGUGUAUGUAUACAUUUUCAAUAAAGUCUUUGCACUUCACAAA